AUGAAAGAUUUGCUCAAUCUGGAUUUAUCUUUGUAUUGGGAACCACCGGAUGACGUAUCCAGUAUAACUACAUACACAGUGGCGUGCCAAGAGAAGAAAACUUGGCGGUCUAUUCCACACUGUACCAACAUCACGAAGACUGAGUGCACGGGCAUCACAGACUACCUCAUCGCUGAGUAUGGAGCAGACUUAAUGAAGCAAAAGCUGUUAACGAAAUCGUACUAUCUCAUUACGAGACUCGAGCAGCCUUUAUUGGUUGAAAAAUCGUCAGCAUCCUUCACUGUUGAAGUGUUCCCUUACGAUGAUGCAACUAUUAGCGCACCUGCUAUCAACAUCUCAGAGUUAACGUCUGACUCCAUUAAAGUGGUCCUACUGGCCCCGGAGACCCUGUUUUACGACAGUGAGACGCAACAGCAUUUUAGGAUGGACGAUAAGAGGCUCGGUGGUAUCUCCGUCGUGUACUUUAACUACACGCUGUGGAACAUCCCAGGAGACGUUCAAGACGCGACUAAGGUUUAUGAAGAAGCACUGGACGAUAUUAAAUCCAAUGUAGUGUCUCUCUCCGAGAUCACACCUUACACUCUUUACAUGUUAGCAGUAUCGGCAAGAAUAGGCAAGAGAUACAGUAAAGACAACUCGACUCUUAUCUUCCGAACCAAAGAAGCAGCCCCUUACAGGAGUCCGGCAUUGCUGACUCCCUUUGAUGAGGAACUUGACUGUAACAACCUCAAUAGCAGAGAUGUUCACAUCAAAUGGAAGGCUCCGGCAAAGGAAUACUGGAAUGGCCGGAGCAUUCAUUAUGAAGUUAGACUCCACCGAGUAAAAGGCGGUGACGAAAACAUGACGUCAAUUGUCAUUAUGAAUGUGUCAUCGACGUCAACGACUGUUCGUGCUCUCAGCCGAUUGGACAAUUACGACAUUGUCGUGUAUGCAAAUAAUUUGGGAGGCGGGAUACCCAGUUCACAUAGAUCUUUACCGGGGGCAGACAGCGGCUUUAAACCAGAAGAUCUCAACCGAAGGGAUUCCUCUUUGCCCGCUAAAAUCAUCGAAUGGAGACCGCCCUCUGGGUACGAGGAGUGCAGCUUCGAGUACCGUGUACUCAUCGAAUCUGACGGCCAAACAGUGUGGCAGACAGACGUCAAGAACGCAACCUUCCUUGACAUCUCAGAUCUUGAACCCGGGUCUUACGUUGCUAAAGUAUCUGUGAUCACCAAAGGGAGGAACUAUGUGUCAGACUAUGGUUUACCAGCGAGCCUUCUCCUGAACGUUGCACAAUCGAAAAAACAUCAAGUGUUUAUACCUUUGGCUGUCGGACUCCUCACUUUCACGCUAUUGGUUUUGAUGGCGACCUGUCACGUGAUCAAAUCUCAGCGUAGCAGCAUGACGUUCAGUAGUCUCGAUCCGUUCCUGCGUAAAGCAUUUUCUCAGACAUACAGUCCAACGAGGUACCGUGAUGUGGAGAAAGAAACGUUUGACACCCCAAGAAUCCACCUCAAAUACCAAGGUCAAGAAGAAGCAGUGGCUUGUGAAGAGACUAGCCCCAGCCUCUCAAUCGAGUCCACCGAAUCCACCAUUAGAAGUGUUGAAGACAGCAUUGCAGUGUCACGUGUGCAACACGUAGUCUCCAAUCAGCCGCUAAAACCACACUACAUCUCGUCAGAUGACGACACAGACGAUGAUCGAGAUGCGGAACAUGAUGCUUUGAUUCGGCUUCACAUAGAUUUAAGAAGACCGGCUUGUGGGGAGACUAAACCCGAAGUACCGCCCUCGGGCGAUGACCGUAAACCUACAAAUCCCACAGAAAUCAAACAACCACAACACGAGUCAUUUGAGAAAAACAUACCUCUCAAGAAAAUCUCCAAUACGUCAUUUGAUUAUACUCCUAGCUCCCCUAAUGGUAUUGGUCUUGGCUAUACUGUCUUAGCCAACAUGUUCACUCUGAAAUAA